GAAACGUGCAAAACAUAGGAUUCGAUCUAAGUCGUCUGCUAAAAGUGAAGUGAUUGAAAGAUUGAUCGUGCUUUAAAAUGCCUACUAUAAUAAACGACAUCAAAUUAGAUUUUAAAGAUGUUUUAUUACGUCCAAAAAGGAGUACAUUAAAAAGCAGAUCGGAUGUUGAUUUAUACAAACACAUUACAUUUCGUAAUUCAAAACAAACUUACAAGGGAAUACCUAUAAUGGCUUCAAAUAUGGAUACAGUAGGAACAUUUGAAAUGGCGAAAGCUUUAUCGAAGCAUGGUCUAUUUACUACUGUACAUAAGUAUUAUUCAGCAGAGGAAUGGAAGGACUUUGCCACUAAAAAUCCUGAAUGUCUUCAAAAUGUAGCUGUUAGUUCUGGCACAGCAAAAGAAGACUUUGAACGGUUGUCAAAUGUUCUAGCAGCUGUACCUGAAUUAUCUUUUAUUUGCUUAGAUGUUGCUAAUGGAUAUUCACAGCAUUUUGUUGAAUAUGUUAGAAGAGUGAGAGCUGAGUUUCCACAUCAUACAAUAAUAGCAGGAAAUGUGGUUACUGGGGAAAUGGUAGAAGAAUUAAUAUUAUCUGGAGCUGAUAUUAUAAAAGUUGGAAUUGGUCCUGGAUCUGUGUGCACUACACGAAUGAAGACUGGUGUCGGGUACCCACAAUUAAGUGCUGUGAUUGAAUGUGCAGAUUCUGCUCAUGAUUUGAGAGGACACAUUAUUUCUGAUGGUGGUUGUACUUGUCCAGGUGAUUUAGCAAAAGCUUUUGGUGGUGGAGCAGACUUUGUAAUGGCAGGUGGGAUGUUUGCUGGGCAUGAUGAAUGUGGAGGAGAAGUUAUAGAAAAAAAUGGAAAGAAGUAUAAACUUUUUUAUGGUAUGGCUUCGAGCACAGCAAUGAAGAAGCAUGCUGGUGGUGUCGCUGAAUAUAGAUCAUCAGAAGGAAAAACUGUGGAAGUGCCUUAUAAGGGUUCAGUGGAAAAUACUGUAUUGGAUAUGCUAGGUGGUUUACGCUCUGCAUGCACGUAUACAGGAGCUGAACGAUUGCGUGAAUUACCACGUCGUGCUACAUUUAUACGCUGUACGCAACAAUUAAAUAUGAUGUAUGGCCCACCACCAGAAAUCUGAAGUUAUUGUAAUUACCCAAUUUACUGUAGUGUGGAUUUAGAAAAAAAUUGCUUAUUGGGUCAAUUAACAAAUGCUGCUAUUUGUUGGCAAAUAAUGUUUAUGUAAAAAUUGAAAAGCUUCAACUAACAUAGAUGUACAUACGU